AUGUCUGCUAUCCAGAACCUCCACGCUUUUCACCCUUUUGCUGAUGCAAGUAAGGGUGAUGACCUGCUUCCUGCUGGCACUGAGGAUUAUAGCCAUAUAAGAAUUCAACAGAGAAAGGGCAGGAAGACCCUUACUACUGUCCAAGGGAUCGCUGAUGAUUACGAUAAAAAGAAACUAGUGAAGGCGUUUAAGAAGAAAUUUGCCUGUAUUGGUACUGUAAUUGAGCAUCCAGAAUAUGGAGAAGUAAUUCAGCCACAGGGUGACCAGUGCAAGAACACAUGCCAGUUCUGGUAG